CCGCCUCGCACCUCAUCGACAUUUCAAUUUUCUCAACUCUGCGCAACAAUCACGCGCCGCCAAUGGCAAGGUCAUAUUGCGUGUAAAGCAUCCGAAGCACUCUCUGGAAACACCCAUAUACUCCUGCAACCGUUCCCACGUCGUCGACUGCGGAUACCACAUAGUUGGCUAACGAGAUGGCGCCGUCCGGCAUGGACGCAGCGUCCUUGGAGAUGCAACCAUCGCCGCCUUUGCAGAUCGAGGCAUCGGCUGCAACGUCGCUGGUGCAGCCGAGCCAGCAAGCAUCCACAACAAAACCCAGCACCGUGAACCCAGGCCGUCAGCGAGAGAAGCCCCAUCUCUCGUGCAAUCUAUGUCGCAAACGCAAGCUGCGUUGUGAUCGCAAGCAGCCUUGUUCCAGCUGCGCCUCUCGCGAUAUCCCCUGCAGCUAUGUGCAAGGCGGCGCUGGCGUUGCCGGUCCGACUCUGCACGAUCGCCUAGUUCAGCUGGAGCGCCUCAUAUUGCUACAGAUGCCGCUUUCUCAAGGGUCCCAAGGACAGCAUCCCGCUGCGCAGCCCGGUAGCAUGCAUAUGGAUGGUCCGCAGGAUGGCGCUGGUGUUCAGCCUGCCGAUUCUAGAGAUGUCCCUUCUGAGCGCGGCAGCCUCCACGUAGGCGGCUCGGAACAGCGAUACGUUGGCGGCGAGCACUGGGCAGCCAUUCUGUACAACAUUACCGACUUCAAAGACCAGCUUGAGCGACAAGAGGACAUGUCGCUGCUGGAGCCGCCGGGUGCAUCUAGCUCUGGAAAUGCCCAAGAGCCUGACGUCGCCCGCAUCCCUCCCGCACGUCGCGCGCUCCUCCUCUACUCUUGUCCUCGGCCAGCAUCCCGUGAAGAGAUUCUGGCCGCACUACCGCCCAAGAUCACAGUUGAUCGCUAUCUCUCGCGUUACUUCACGUGCUUAGAGCUAGCGUCUUGCACCAUCCACGGCCCUACCUUUCUUCAAGAGUACGAUGCAUUUUGGGCGAAUCCAUCCCGAGCCUCCAUAAUAUGGAUUAGCCUCCUGUUUGGAAUCAUAUGUCUCGCAGUCACCACAUCAGAUGUUGCCGAGGCCGGCCCCGGAUACGAAAGAGAUCUGGCCCUUCGCCAGGUAGAUUUGUAUGUUGAAAAGAUUGUGCAGUGCCUGGUCUUGGGCCAGUACACAAACACGGGCCCGUACGUGGUGGAGAGUCUGGUCCACUACAUGCACAUUGAGUUUGCCAUUUGCACCGACGCGAACAAGGACGCGUGGUUUGUGCUUGCCCUCAUCAUAAAGAUUGCCAUGUCGAUGGGCUACCAUAGAGACCCGAGCUACUUUGCCAAGCUGACACCGUUGCAGGCCGAAAUGCGUCGGCGGCUGUGGGCAACCCUCGUGCAGGGGGACAUCCUCAUAUCCAGCCAAAUGGGAAUGCCUCGGAUGAUUUCAGACUCGCAGUGGGACACAGCCGCACCCCAAAACUUGAAUGACUCCGAUUUAGCGGCAGAGCUGACACAGCUCCCCGCUUCUCGGCCCGAAACGGAGCACACGUCGUCUUUGGGUAUUAUUUCGAGGAUGAGGAUACUCAAGGUAGUCGGCCAAAUCACAGAUCUGACUUCGGCCGUUACGCCGUUUAGCUACGCCGAGAUCACCCGCUUCGAUGGGCUAUUGCGAGACGCGCAGGCCACCAUCCCACAGCUCCUCCAGCCCAGGCCGCUGUCUGCUAGCAUAACUGAUUCUUCUCAAGUUAUUAUGGCUCGUUUAUUAAUCAGCCAAAUCUUUUACAAAGGCCAAAUUAUGCUGCAUCGACGCUUUCUUUACCUGGAGCCCCCUCCUCAAGAGCAAGCCGCGUAUACGUAUUCUCGCAGAGUUUGCCUGGACGCCGCACUUAGCUUGCUGGACAUUCAGCGCAUAAUGGACGAGGAGACAUGCGCAGCGGGACAGCUGCACAUGAUGCGAUGGCGGUUGAGCUCCGCCAUCAACCACCAAUUCCUCACGGCUACCAUGAUACUCUGUUCGCUCCUGCAUCGCGGCAUAACGAUAGAUAGAGACGACGAAAUUAUCACGGCGCUGAAGACUUCAAGAACUAUAUGGAUGCGGCAUUGCGGUAACUCUACGGAAGCUAGAAAGGCAGCGUUGACUAUUAGCUACGUGCUUGGGAGGGCUUUUGGGGACGCCAGCCAGGAAACUGGUGGUUUGCCCCUGGAUGAGGUCGCUACGAAAGGUCUACCUUGGCCGACCGAUGCGAGCCUCAACAAUCUAGAUACCGAAAUGGGCUUUGAUCCGCGUCAAAUGCUCAAGGACCUUGUCCGACCUGACGCGGGAGUCCCGUUUCAGCCGGACGUGUUUGAAGGAUACACGCCGCCCAUGAUGCAAAAUGGAGUUCUCUCCAUGUUUUCCGGCGCCCAAGAAGCUCCAGAUGUGCACCUAGGGUCGGCGGACUGGCUGUUGGAUGGAGCCUAGUGUAGCCCAAUUUCAAGAUAAACGGGCGCCACUUUUGGCAUUCUAGGGUGUAUUUGUAAACGAAAAGGAGCAAGAAAGAAACAAGCUAAAGGUAGGAGGCUUCAUAGAAAGUACAGCGCACCUCAGUAAUCCCAAUACACUAUCCCAAUACGCUACUCCCCUUCCUAAACGCCAGGGCACGUAGUGCAAGCAGUGGCAACUUGCAUUGUUUUCAGUCUCUGUUGUUAUCAACCAUUUUUUUUUUUAAAAAACACUAGACUAGUCCUAUACACUUCACAUGUGCCUGCCAAAAAACUCAAGAACGGUCUGGUAGCCACGGGCAUAUUCCUCCCUGACUCUGGGGUCGGAGAGAUCGGCGCGCGCCGCCAUCCAGCCAUGGACCUGGUCGGCAAAGGUUUCGACAUGAUGGGGCACGGAAAGGCCGUCCUUGAAGGCGGCGACGUCGGUUGCAGGAUCCUCGCCCGACGCGAGAAGCAGGUACGGGACGGAAAUGGACUUUGCGCCGUCGGGGUUGAUCAUGGCAGGAUGCACACCGGCGGCGACGGCGAAGGGGUUGGAGGAUGUCGACGUGACGAGCUCGGUCACUUUGCCGCCCCAGCAGUACUGUAUGUAGAAAGCGCAGGUCAGAUAACGUUCAACAAUGGCAGCGCAUGGCUUCAUGUGUCACUCUGAUCAAACGUACCCCAAUCAGACCCCAUUUCGUAAUGCUUGGGUAGGCAGCCUGCAGGCUGGCGACGAAGGUUGGAAGCUUAGCCGCAACGGCAUUCGGAUCGUUUGCGCCAAACCAGGCACCCAAGCUCUGUUGCUUCUCCGGCGUAUCAGGAGGAUACCUAUUCAAGGGAAGUGCUAUUAGCGUCUUGGCCUUUCUCGCUCGCUGUUUUUGGUUCUCAGUUGUAGCGUUCUUGGCCUUACCAUUCCGUUGGGCAGGGGCUGCCGUUAAACCAGUCUGGCAUAAAGACCUUGUACCUGUCGCCCUGAACGCCUGCGCUCAAAAUGUCUGCGCCCUGCACGGUCUGAUCAACGAAGCCGAAUAUAUCGAAAAUGGAAACAAUGCCCAGCGUUGCCUCGUCUGAGCCUGUAACAUCUAUAUUUUAUGAGAAUUUGGUCAGCCUUUCUUUGCGACGCAGGUAGACGUGCCAAGAGAGCCCGGUAAGCUAGCUCGCUGUCCCCUUUCCCCCUUCUUACAUGUCUUGCUACCUCCCAGCUGUUCGUAGCUGCCCUUGGCAACGUAUCCUUGGGCCACGACAGGUGGAAUAUUACAGCAGGCGCGGCUGUGGCCGCUUGUAGCGGGCAUCGACGACAUUCUGCCGAUGUAGCCAGCAGCAGCGUAGGCCGGGUGGACGGGUCGUGACGGUUGCAGAGCAGACGGGCUGGUCGAGAACAAUGCUGGAGCUGCUGGAGCUUGUCGCUGGAUUCUUGCUGCUUGUGUUGCCGAGGCGAGGCGAGAGAAUCCAGCCGAUCGUGCGGAAGUCCUGGUUGCCAGUCGGCCUGAUUGCCGCAUUUUAACGGACGUAGCACUCGUGAUUGGAAUGAAUGGUAGGCUGGCUUGCUGGGUGACUUCAAUUGCUUGUGUCUUUGCUUUGGCCGAAAUCAUCGUAUAGUAGCGUCGUUUUAUCAUCCGAUUGUCCGACGCAGAGCGCACCCCUCGGCGUCCUCUCCGGGCGCGACGGCAUUACGUCCCGUUAGCGCCGCACGGCGCGAACCUUGCAAUGCACCCAAGAUUCAAAGACAGGCACUGUAAU